GCCCACUCGGCUCCGCCGGGCCCGUUCUCCGGCCUCCCCGCAGGGACACCUCUUUUUCCCGCGCCGCUGCCGGGCUCUCCGGGCAGGCGGUGGGCAGGGCGGGCAGGCUCAGCACCGCCCACCGCUGCUGACGCACCGCUUUCUGCCGGCCUACGGCAGCGGCGGGACCGGCGGCCGCGGUGGUGCACGGCGAGCGGUUCAUAUUUUAUUUUAAUACAAACCUGUGAAGAUGACACCAAAACAUGAAAAACAAGAGUUUGUGACUGUCUUGGUGCGAGAUCCCAGAACACAGAAAGAAGACUCAUGGCAUUCUUACAUAGACUAUGAGAUAUUUAUUCAUACAAACAGUAUGUGCUUUACAAGGAAAACAUCCUGCGUUAGACGACGCUUUCGAGAGUUCGUGUGGCUUCGACAGAGGCUUCAGAGCAACGCAGUGCUCAUACAGCUACCCGAACUGCCAUCCAAAACUCCGUUUUUCAACAUGAACAAUCCUCAUCAUGUGGACCACCGCCGGCAGGGUCUGCAGGAAUUCCUGGAGAAGAUCCUACAAGAUGCAUUGUUGCUCUCAGACAGUAGGCUUCACCUCUUCUUACAGACUCAGCUGAGCCCAGAAGACAUGGAGGCUUGUGUGUCUGGACAGACCAAGUACUCUGUUGCUGACGCGAUUCAUAAGUUCGCCUCUUUGAACAGACGUUUUCCUAUCGAGGAUGAGGAGAGAAAAAGAGGGGAAAGCAGCACAGACUCCGGCUCAGAGAGUUCAUCCUCCAGGCUAGGACCUAGUGAUGACAGCAUUUCAUGUGGAUGUAAAGCAAACCCAGCUUCUGAAGACUCAUGAAAAAUCAUUCCUCUAUUGCUCUCUUAAGGGCAAUGCAAAGUGGAUUCUGCUCUGUUUACUAGUUACCACAUGAACACAGCUGGCUGGUAACGUCUAUCCAGAAGAUGCAUUAUUAAUACAACUGUAUGUCCUUAAAUUUUUAUUUCCCACAACAAACCUUGAUGCUGUUUCUCUGUUAGUUUAUUAUGUGUGUUGAUUCAGGUCUACAAGUUACCUAGCACAUCUAGGGUUUUGUGACUAUUAAAAUCCCAGUAUCGGGUUAAGUUGUGCUCUGCUGACAUACGGAGGUUAAAAUAUUUCCCUUAGUGAGUGCAUGCCUCACAUCAGGAAAAUAAAGAUAACUUAAUUCCUCGUCUUAAAAGGUGGCCUCUCAUAUCAGAUAUAUUCAAAACACCUUUUUGUAAGUUGCACUGGAGAAGUUUCAUCUUUAAAAGUCAUUUGACAUUGGUGAUGAAAUUACACCCC